AUGAACUUCUUGGCCAAGCACUUCUUCGAUUACCAAUCUUUUGUCAAUCUUCCUCAAAAGGCCGUCCAGCUCCACAAAACAGUAAGUUUUUACUGCUUUCUUAAUCCCCGUUCCUUUCAAUAUGAUGGAUGAUAUACCUUACAGCCCUACUCUGAAGCCGGAGUAGAUCCCUCAGCAGCAUGGGCGCCCAAGAAUAUGCAGGUUCAGGGAAAGAAUAUGUCUUCCCCGGGGGCACGGGCAAAUAGAAAUAAUAUUGAACAGAGACCGGGAUGUCAUCGACAUGGAAGACCGAGUAAAUUGGAGAACAGAAGAUGGGGAGAGAGACACAGCGGUAUGUAGGUUACAUUAUGUUUUGUAAAUGAUCUAUCAAGUACAAUAUUUUGAUUCGUAGAUCUGAAGGAAGAGAGAAUUAUCCCCCAUAAGGACGAGUGGAUGUCCUCUUUGGAUGGGGAUUUCAAACAUUUCGAUGAGGAGUCAGACGAGGAUGAGGAUGCCCUCGAAUUAAUACCCAGGUGUCUGAGAGUAAGUCAUCAUUUUAAAGGUAAUUAUUUACAGAAUAAAAGACUUUUGGAUGCACAAUUGCUGGUUAUAAUGACAUUAACAGCCAGACUUGAGUUUGUGACAAUUACUAUUAAAAAGAUUCGAGGACUUAAAAACUUGAAAAGUAAGGAUUGAUGUGAUUACGAUUACUUUUUGCAGAUCCAGUUGUGAGAAUCCGUCAUUUUGAUGGGAUUGCGUUGGUUGAAGAGAGGACAACCACAUUACGGGAGAUAGAAAUCUCAGUAAAAGAUACUGUGGGGAAUGGAGGACCUUCAAGGUAUGGAAUUAUUCAUAUCGUUGAGCACUUAAAACAUUUAUUUAAGAGCACCAUCCAGUCCCCAACUCCGAUCAAAUCAUAUCAAUCGAGUAAAUGUCCAAAGAAGGGCCAUCUCAAGACAAGGAUCGGAGAAAACGAAAGAAAACAACGAAUUCGGAAUCAGCGAGUCUUUUCUCCUCAGGGUAAAUCCGAAUAAACUUAACUCGUCCUAUGUGAUUAUACAGGUAGGACAUAUUCCUUGUGGAGAUAACUCUUUCUUCAGGUAUUUGCAUCAAGAUUUGUAACGGCAAAGCGGCCGAAUCCCCUAAAACCGGAAGAAAACAUGAUCUUGGUGGAAGAAAUCAUCGAGGAAGUGGGAGUUUGCGUGAUCGGGGCCUCUAAAGUUUCCUCCCGAGGGCUCUAUCAUUGGCGACAGAUGAUCAAAAAACAUGGCCAUCCAGUUUGUGCCUGGCAUUAUCUUUUUGGGGGUGCCCCGAAAUGUGAAGACUCCCCUCAAUCACAGAAUCCUCAGCCUCAGAAGUCUCUCACGGAAUCAGAAACAGCAGAACGGGUGUAA